GACACCUAUUGGCAGAUAAUAUUGAUGCGGAUGCUGGAGACUGAAGAAAAAGAACGAGAGAAACUUUUCGUAUCCAUUUGUCUGUCACUGACACUAUCCUACAGGAGACACCCGUGUGUGAUGAGGCGAGUCCAUUGAUGAACCACUGAGGACGGGGAAUACCCAGGGAACAGGAUGGGACCCACCCCCACCUCGCUUCACCCUCUGAUUAUCCUGAUAACCACCAUCACAGCUGUAGACGGUGGAGCCAUGAACGACCAGAAAUGUAUUACAAAUUCACAAAAUGUCUCGUGUGAUGUUGUGCCGUGUUAGUUUGAGUAACGUUCGUAUUAGCCGAUUCAUGUUGGAUUUCAUUUGACAAAGUUUUGUAUUGAUUUGGGGAAACCUGCUAUUGACGAGGGUUUUAUAGAGUUUUAUAGUACGUGUAAUACAUCAUGUUGUGUGCGGGCCUGUUAACACUGUCAUUUCUUUGCUGCCAAGGUCUGUGUGAUGUGAAAAAUUCAUGAAUUGAGAAUUGAAAUCUACAAGUAAAGUGCUCAUCAGAGCUUGAUCAGCCUUUUCCAAUUCCAUGUGAUAAAUUAAAUGUACAUGGUUUCUGUGUAGCUGUCUAUGAAUCUGUCUGGACAUUUUCAAUGACUUCACCGGAAUUAUCAUAGCUAAAUUAUCAUGGGGGGGGGGAUUCAGUCAAACUUUUAGACCAUGCAUGUGAGGCCAAAAUAAUUAUUGUUGUGUUUCUAUCAUCAAAGACAAAGUCAGGGUAGGCUACUAAGAUAAAAAUAAACUAUAUUUUUUUCUAUAUUUUUCCCCUUGCAGGUAUAUCAAAAUAUUGAACAUGAGGAGCUCAUAUUCUUAGUUCCAUGAUAUCACUUAUUAAACAUGAAUAUAUUAUAUGCUUUAAUAUUAAAUACCUCAGAAGUAUAAAUACAAGUGUCAAUUCCAAAAUAAUGUUUAUUUAAUGAUCUCUUCUGCGACAUUCUGACAUUCUCUCUAGAAUAGUUUUUCCAUCUCCGCGAUAUGAAGAGCUUUUGUAUGAUAUCCAAAAUAGGUGGAAAAUUUAUAUAUAAUUGUAGUGUAAUAUUACCAUAUUUUAUAUAUCGGCCUGGGUAGCUCAGCUAGUGGUCGGGUUAUCUUAACUAGUAAUUGUUAGUGGAGCUCCGGGUUCAAUACCUGUCUGUUCAAUGAUUUUUCUCUCCUUUGCUACAGUAAUGUCCAUUUAUACAAUUAACUGUAAUACAUUGUACUUAAAAAAGCUGAAAUACGUAAGAGCUGACUUUAUUAUUUUUACUUGCAACAACCAAGAACAAUCCAAAUAUGCUAACUCUAAAACAGACAUGGCUAUAUACCACAAUUGAUUUGUACUGGAAAUUUCAUAAAAAAUUAUAUACGUCAUGUACAUCCUUAAACAAAUUGUUAAAAACAAUUGUAGGGUAGGGGUAUAAUUAAGAGGUCAGUCGGGUUACCAGAAACACAGAAACUUAUCUUUUAUGCCUAAUGUAUUGGUACUUUUGUAAACGAUGGUCCUAUCUCAAGGUUACAGCACCUCAGUACGUAAAAUGUAUCUUUGGUGUUUGAAAAAGAGUAGGCUCACUGGGGGCGUUGUAAAACCCCUACAAUCAACCAAUCGAAGAGAAGGUGGUAAAAACAAAUUAGAAAAAUUAGGGUGGGGCUGUUGGAGGUUUUUUCUGGAUCCACUGGACUAGGAACAACGAACGUUUCACAGUCUAUUAAGCUGCAUUAUGUUGUAAAGAUUUGGUGAAGAUGGGUGUCACUCGGUACUUAGAAAUAGUGUAAGAGUAUGCUCUGUUUUUAUUUUCUAUCCAGAAUGAGGAGUCUACAAGUAUUCUCAUGUAGUGUAGAUCCAAAUCGUGAUUCCCUAGAGCCAAGAUUGGCCUCAAUGAGAGUCAACGUAUACAAAUUGUACAUGGAUUCGUACGGAACCUGUCAGCAGUCUGCAUUCUUCGAGGUCCAAGACGAGGAGUAUGCAGUUUAUUCUAAAGGAAGUGGACAGGCCUACCAGAUAAUGAGGUGCUCCCUGCGAUUCAAGACUUACCCAGAUCAACAGCUGUGUGUGAAAUUUAACAGCUUCAAGAUUGAUGAUUGCAAUGUGUAUCUUAAAGUGUACCAGGAACAUGAACCUGUAGAUUUAGCCCGGCAGCCCAGCGACGACUGUUUGUAUAGGGAGUACAGCUGUGAAUCGUCCCCCCAGACUGUGUGUAGCACUGACCGUUACAUGACAGUGCAGCUGUACAAAGAGAGAAUUGGUGCUGAAAGAUACGACUUCUCUCUGCAAGUCGUGCCAAAAACAAUGCAAAAUGAGAUCAUCAUGUCUUUGGGAGUGAUGGUGGGAGUAAUUGUUGGAGUUGUGGUAGUCAUAGCGAUACUAGCCAUACUUCUUCUAUACUGCUGCUGCAAGAAACACAGGCAUCAUGGGAGGGUGUUCAGAAAGAAAAAGAGCAAGCCUCGAUCUGGUGCUCAGGGGAGAUUACUGGAGUCGGGACCAGAACCAUCAGCUCCACCAUUGGAUGCAGAAGUGGAAAUGCACCAACAUAUAGUGACAAACUUUGGACACUAUCUCAAUGAACCUCCUCCACCAUACGAACCCAAGCCAGAGCCAGUUUAGCAGUGGGCACGGUGUUCACUCUCCAGUUUAGCAGUGGGCAUGGUGUUCACUGUCCAGUUUAGCAGUGGGCACAGUGUUCACUGUCCAGUUUAGCAGUGGGCACAGUGUUCACUGUCCAGUUUAGCAGUGGGCAUGGUGUUCACUGUCCAGUUUAGCUGUGGGCAUGGUGUUCACUGUCCAGUUUAGCUGUGGGCAUGGUGUUCACUGUCCAGUUUAGCAAUGGGCAUGGUGUUCACUGUCCAGUUUAGCUGUGGGCAUGGUGUUCAUUGGACGGGAAAAAUUAAUUGUAAAUUCAUUUUAGCAAAUACAUGUCUUCAAGUUAAAUGACAAAGUAAGAAAUGAAACAGGUUUAUUUUUAUAUGACUAGAAAAUCAGAGAAAGGAAGAUUUUGUGCAGCAGAUUGACUUUUCAUAUUGAUAUUUCUUAGGAGCAAUAUAUUCAUUUUAUAAACUUUUCUAGUGAUACUGGAAUGAUUUAUGCCAGACAAAUUUUGUUGCAAAUUGUAAGUCUUUUCAUAUGUAUGUGAGUCAGAGUUACGCAUUAUAAAUGCAAGAAAUGUGAGGAGAUGAUUCGAUAGAUGAAAUAGCCAAACAGAUAAUCCAUCAGGUAUAUGGAGGAAAAUUAAAUAUUCUGGAUAUUUUGUAUGUGUGCCAUGAUGUUAAUAAUGUAAUGGAUAUUUAUUGUAAGUUAUUUUAUAUGAUUAUAUUUCUAAAAUCUUUAGAAGGGUCUGUAUCAAAAAAAGAUGUUGUUUUAUUAUCAUAAUGUUGUGAUCCAUAUCGAUUCUGAUGCUGUAUAUCAAACGAGAUUGCCAGGAGUUUGACAUGCAUGAUAGUGUUGGUGUAAUACAUUAUGUGAAUCUAUCAUGAAUCUAGAAAUUGCAACCUUAAUAUUUGAUGCCCUGUUUGUUUUAUAGUGUGCAUUUUAAUUGUGAGGGAUUUGUUUUAUACAAAAGCUUAAACAGAAUAAUUAGUUUCUGUACACAUUUGAACAGGUGCUUUGCAUUUAAGCAAAUUGAAAAUCCAGGCAAGGUACGUGUAUUGUGUAUAUGUGGGGUCACCCUAUGUUAUUACUCUCUGACAAUUCAUUGGUAGCCAUUUACAUGUUUCAAUCUCUUCAUUAUCGAUAUAUCACCUAAUUAUUGGCGUGAGGUGUUGGAUUUCUGUUUUGGUAAUGUGAUGCUGUAGGAUAUUUUGUACAGGAUAUAUCAUAGGCUCUCUGGACACCUGCAACAUCAAUAAUACCUCCAUACAUGUAUGUUAUGACCUACGAACUUUCCUUGGAUAACCCUGGUAUCCCCACAAAUACAGCACAAAUCCAAAUUAAUACAGCACAAAUCCAAAUUGAUACAGCACAAAUCCAAACAAAUAGGACUAAUCAAAACAAACACAGCACAAAUCCAAAUUUAUACAGCACAAAGCCAAACAAUUAGCACAAAUCUAAAUAAAAACAGCACAAAUCCAAUAAACAGCAUAUAUCAAUAUAGCUGCAGAACUGUAGCUCUCUGAAAAAAUAUUAUGACGGAAUAGAUUUCCGUCCCAGUAUUUUAUCAGAGAGCUACAGUUCUGCAGCUAACAUCAAUAGAAACAGCACAAAUCCAAAUAAAUAAACCACAAAUCCAAACAAAACAACACAAAUCCAAACAAACAGCAAAAAUCCAAACUAAACAAAUCCAAACAAACAGCAAAAAUCCAAACUAAACAACACAAAUCCAUGCUAACAGCACAAAUUUGAACAAGUACAGCACAAAUUUAAACACAGCACAAAUCCAAAUGAACACAGCACAAAUUUAGAGAACAAACAGUAGAAUUCCACACAAAUAGAGCAGAAAUAUAAACAUCCAACUUAAUUCACAAAUCCACACAACAAAUUCCACACAACAAACUCUGCACAAAUUCAUACACAAUCAGCACAAAUCCCACAACGAACUAUGCACAAAUUUCAGAUCACAGUUGGAAAAAAACAAUCUACUCAUAAUGUAAAAACCACUCCAAAGGUCAUCAAUGGAGGGACUACUUUGUGAAGCCUGUUUUAUUUUUUAAUGUACAGUGUAUUACACUCUUAAGAUCAUGUCACAGCUAUGUAUUUUUACUGUGGUCAUAGCAUCUAGCUGCCAUGUUUUCCACUGAGAGAGUCUGUAGAUGUACUAAAUGCAGGGUAUAGUUUAUUCUAGUCAUUGUAAAUCACUGUCAUGUACACAUUUGUUUUGAGAUCUAAGUUCGUAUUUGUUUCGAGAUUAUUGAUACUGCCAUGUUUAAUGUUAGCAUUAAUUGCGUUGUCUAUGACCAGUAAAUAAAUUUGUUGGUCGCUUAAGUCAUGCUCCUCAAACACUUGCCCAGUCGGACAAUUAGUUUAAUUGAUAUAAUUUUGUUUGCGUUUUGUCUUGUUAUUAUUCGUGUGAUACAGGGGAGUUUCUUUCUACAUCUUCAUGCUUUAUAGACUAAUUAUUGAAAACACAUAUUAGCUAGAUAGUGUAGAUACAGAAAACAGAUAUCAUUUAUGGAGUAUUGUUGUAUUUUCAUAGGUUUAAAAGCAUGCUGUUAGCAAAAAAUUGUUUAUUUUAUUUCUAUUAAAACAUAUAAUUUUUUCAAUGUCUGUGUAACAUAUGAAUGAGAAUAGUCAUAGGUUUAAAAGCAUGCUGUUAGCAAAAAAUUGCUUAUUUUCUUUCUAUUGAACAUAUAAUUUUUUCAAUGUCUGUGUGACAUAUGAAUGAGAACAGUCAUAGGUUUAAAAGCAUGCUGUUAGCAAAAAAUUGUUUAUUUUAUUUCUAUUAAAACAUAAUUUUUUCAAUGUCUGUGUAACAUAUGAAUGAGAAUAGUCAUAGGUUUAAAAGCAUGCUGUUAGCAAAAAAUUGUUUAUUUUAUUUCUAUUAAAACAUAAUUUUUUCAAUGUCUGUGUGACAUAUGAAUGAGAAUAGUCAUAGGUUUAAAAGCAUGCUGUUAGCAAAAAAUUGUUUAUUUUCUUUCUAUUGAACAUAUAAUUUUUUCAAUGUCUGUGUGACAUAUGAAUGAGAAUAGUCAUAGGUUUUGUUGAAAGGGAAGAAGAAAAGGUGAUGGAGGGUGUUAGAAAGAGAGAAAAGGGAGCUGGGUCCUGAUGCUUGAUGGACUUUCUGUUGUAAAUGCAAUGUUUCGAUCCAUUCUAUAGAUACAUUUACUUUUUUCUUAUCAGCACGUAUCACAGAUUAUAGAGAAUAUACGCAUGGGAAAGCACACCCACUCCAUCUCUUUCCUUCAGCCCUGCAGCGAAAUGUUACGGCCACUUUCUCAGUAUUUUUGCAUUUUCUGCUUUAUUUCUCUAAUAGCAUUCAAAACAACAUGUAUUGGCAUUAAAAACUAUGUAGUGUCAAAAUGCUUGUCUGACAAGAAUUAGUGAACUUUGUUAACCUUUUGUAGAUUUGUAAGGGAUUGAUCAGAACACUAACCUUCACUAUAUCGGUUCGGAAUAUUUCAGUUCAGAAAGAGGAGUAUGUAGACAGAUACAGGAGUAUUCAUGUGCUGCCUAUCACGAUAAUGAUGUGUAAUUGAAUAAUGGCUAGUGAAUAUUUUUAUCACGAUAAUGAUGUGUAAUUGAAUAAUGGCUAGUGAAUAUUUUUAUAUGUAACAAAUUUUUAUGAGUAACUAUUCUAUUCCAGUGUGAUUGUACGACAUAUUUAUAAAGUGGCUUACUGGCUUCCUGCACAGGAGUUCAAAGAUUCUAUGAUUGCUUCACUCUUAUAUAUAGCACCAAGUUUAAAUAUUGCAUCCCAUAAUGCAGUUGAAGCGACUAGGUUUGUUUCACAUAAGUUUAUUUCUGAAUAUAUUUAUAAUGUUUUCGCCUUUGAUAUCUUUACAAACUGUAACGAUAGCCAUUUUCUCAUGAAUGUACUGUAAACAAUGCGCGUAUGAAUCUUUGAUGAUAUAGUACGUCUAUUUUAACGGCUGGGAAUUCCGACAGAAAUGAAAAUAGAAUGUAAAUGUUAGAAAUGAAUUUCACUUUUGAAAAUGCAUGUGGGUAUAAACUGCGACGCUUCACGCCAGCGUACUUUAUGAAGUGUGUUGGCUAACAUGGUUCAUGAAGUGUGUUGGCUAACGUGGUUCAUGAAGUGUGUUGGCUAACGUGGUUCAUGUAGUGUAUUGGCUAACGUGGUUCAUGAAGUGUGUUGGCUAACGUAGUUCAUGAAGUGUGUUGGCUAACGUGGUUCAUGAAGUGUGUUGGCUAACGUGGUUCAUGUAGCAUGCUGGCAUGCAUCACAGUCCAUACAUCUAUGUAUCUUUAAAAAUAAAAUUUAUUUCUUUGAUAAACUUUUUCUCUGUGUGUGCAUUUCAUGGGUACUUGAGACUGGUGUUGCACCUUGUACUAAAAACAUAAUUAUUCACUUUUUAAAAAUAUUCUACGUCUGGAAUAGAUUUUUAUAUUAGAUACUGAGGAAUCGUCAUUAUUCAGGGGGGAUUGGAGUUUGUGGGUCACUCUUAUUCACGAAUUUGUGUCCACGACCAUUUUUAAAAUCAAAUUGAGUCAUCUCUCCCAGUGACAUUGUAUGACUUACCCACGAAAUUGCGUCCCCACGAACCAGCAAAAUUUUGCUUACCCACAAACAUUGCCCCUCCCCCCCCUCCACCCCCCCAAUGAAUUAGAAUGAUUCCACGGUACAUUUGCAUGUUCAUGUGUAACAAGGUUCACAAAUGUUCGCAUAUCAUUGCCUUCUGAACAGUUUCUUUAUAUUUCUUGUAUUUAUGGAAAUUGUUAGAAUUAAUUUAUUUAUGAAUGUGACAGAUACGUCAUUCAAGUUUAAGUUUGUAUUAGUUUUGCCAAAUUAGGUUGCUAUGGAAAUCAGUUACGUUUGUCAUAUUUAUUAGUUUAUUUAUAGUGUCAACUUACAAGACCUAAAUGUGAUGAUGUGUUUGUUAAUUGAUUUAGAUUUUAUAAUUAUAUGUGCUUGGAAGUGCUCUUAAUGUGGAUAUAAAACAAUGACCCAUGUU